AGCUUCACAGUGCUCAUGACAGAUCUUAGUGGCUAUGGAAAGUACAUUUCACCUUACAUGGGUGAAACGGACUGGCCGGUGCAGUGCAAUGGCAAUGACUAUGUUCCGCUGGCGGAACGAUUGAGGGAGCGGAUAAAGUCAGGCGUACCUUUCUUUUCAUUGGAAUUUUUCUGUCCUCAGACGCGGGCCGGUUUGAAAAACUUUCCGAUUGAGUUUCGUUCACUUAGGAUCGACUGCUUCUCGAAGGCUGAUCCGCUGUUCGUUGACAUCACCUGGUCUUACAAGAACAACAUCGACAUCUACAAAGAGACAAGCACUAUUUCUCUCUCUGAAGCAGUGUUAAACUUCUGCUUCACCGACGUUGUCCUGCACCUGACAUCUGCGCCGUACACCAAGGCCCAGAUGCUCUUGUAUUUGCGAUUGAUUCGAAACCCGCCCCUUUGGUCUCUUUGGACGCUGCUGGAGCCC